AUCGAAGCCUAGCAACGCGGAGUUUAUAGGCUAGCUUCGAAGCAAACAGUUCCAUACAUUCUGUGCACGGAGUCGGUUAGGUUAUAAAAAUUCAAAAUGUCCACACAAACAGACAUUAACUACAAGACCGCCACCCAUUAUGCCCCAUCAGAUUGGCAUACAUCAAACUACAUCUUAGCAACAAAUUCAGAGCGCCAGCGCGACUCAUCGCAUCAGAUCCGUCAAGAGGGGCGUCAACUGAGAAACGUCACCGAUAACAAAACAUGGUGGGGUACUCACGACAACACAACCCGUCUUGACAACAGGAUUGACGACAUCGAGCAGUGGAGGCAAAUUUUGGAGAAAACUCUUAAAGACACUGAUGAAGAAAUUGAGAGGUUGCAAGAUGAGAAAGAUAAUGCUGAGCGUGCUCUUGAAGCGAAAGCCCUCCCCCUAGACGUUGCUAUUGAGUGCCUUACUCUUAGGGACGGUAGAAAAAGUAUCGAUGUUGUUGAUGAUGAUCCAGAUGCAGAACUUCAUAAGGAAGUUGAGGUUAUUGAAGGUGCUAAGAAAGCUUUGCAACAGAAAGUCUCUGAAUCCUUUGAGCAGUUGUGCCUUCUCCAAGAAGCUCGUCAACAAUUAGCCGCUGAUCUCCGAGAUAAGUUUGAAGCCAAAGGCAUUGAUACUUACUGCCGUGAUUUGACCAUUGAUUCUCCGGAUAUAUGUUUCCAGCCCGACCCAACACGUACACCAAAAGGGAGCACCACACCACAAACAUGGGAAGACUACAGUCGGUACAACAGAGACCGUGCUGUUGCCGAAAUGAAGGCUUCGCAAAGACUACGUGAGGCUGUUAAAGCAACCAUUGCGCAAACAAAUAAUGACUUGGAUGCACAGAGACAAGCACUGGACUAUGCAUUCAGGAAGAGGAUACAUGAUAUGGAGAGAGCUAAGGAUGAGGAUGAGUGGCAAAAGAAAAAUACUGAAGAAGAGAUUGCUGACAUGGAGAAGGAUAUCCGUGACUUGGAGGCAGCAAUUAAAGCCAAAGACAACCCAUUGAAACUGGCAAUGACUCGCCUUGAGAACCGUACAUACAGACCUAACGUUGAACUGUGCAGAGACAAUGCUCAGUAUGGUCUGGUAAAUGAAGUGCAGGAAAUUCAGAACAGUAUAAAAGAAUUGAAAGCUAAACUUCAGGAAGCACAUAAUGCUCGUGAUGCCAAUGAGAAACAGCUUUAUCGCAUCAACCAAGACUUGGAAACUAAGAAAAACUCUUUGGAUCUCGACAAGAAAUCUAUGCAAGUUCGCCAGGCAUUGACGACAGGACCCGUCACCCAAACCACCCAGAAUCUUGCAACAUUCAAAACUGAUAGAGAACUAUAUUCUGCAAGGCAAAAACUUGUUGCUUAAAAAGACAUGAAAUAAAAUAAAGACACUUAAACAGACAUUUUGGAAUGUUCUAUUAUUAUUAGGGAGGGAGCACAGACUAUUUUAUGUAAGGUAUCACUGAAGACAGUUGAUUAGAGGAAGGAGGGGGGUCACAUCAUUUGCAUGUGUCUGUUAUAGAACGAUAAAACAGUUGCAAUUCAGUAAAUCCGUCCUGUGUGCAGUUUGUCUUGUAGAGCUUGAUAUAUUCUAGCCCAGCAAUAUAUGUGCCUUCCAGACUGCAUUUUAAUCUAGCCAACUGUAUUACCUGUACAUCAACAAUAAAGUCAUCUGUGGGUCUGUUUCUUUGUUCAGAAAAUCUUGUGCUAAAACUUGGGAACAGCUCCCUAUAAAUUUACAUAACGUUAGUAGCUAUUUGUAUAUUUUUCUAGCUGCCGUGUUUUUACUAGUAUCCCCAGCAGUGGUAGUGUUUUCAGUACAGACAUCAAUCAGGUUUGACUUUAAUUCUUUAAGUAUAAGUGUGAGCUUCUAAAAAAAAAUAACGUCUAUGAUUUGUGGAGGACUGAAGAAGUGUCAUGCAUUUCUUUAAAUAGUCUUUAUCAUUCAUAAGGUGCACCAUAUGUAACAUUUAUCAAAUAUUUUAAACAAAAGAAUAAAUUGAUUGAAGU